UAAACUUAUUUGUCACAAUCAGUCAGUCCUUCUCCACAGACUUAAGAAGUAUCAUGGCAUGAAAAGUCAUCAUGUAGCUUCCAGGAGAACAUCAAGCUGGAUAAUCUGCAAAGCAAUCAGAUGACUCAUUUUCACCAUGAACCCGAUUGCACCAAGCAGCCAUCCAUUGCCAUGUAUCAGAGUAUGCCAUGAAAGGUUCUAAGAAGAUAACAUAAAUUCAGUGGAGUUACCAUGUAAUAUCAUAUUCAAGCUAGAACACAAUUCUGCUUGCUUCUUUCCAAGACAAAGAGUCUAGAAAAGGGGAUUGCAGAUUGUGGUAGCAUCCAACCAGCAUUGUCAGGCCAAAAUAAUAAUAAUAAUAAUAAUAACAACAACAACAACAACAACAACUUUGCUGAGUUCUGCCAAGACACAAUCUACCCAUCAGGAUCUCACUUCACUUAGAACUGAAGUAUAAAUUCCACAGAGAACUCAAAGGCACACCUCUGUUUUGACUGUUUCCAGCUUCAGUCCCCAUCGUUUGAGUUACAGUUAUCCUGAAGAAAAUGGCCUAUUUUGCUGCAUUUACUCAGCAUGUAUGGAACAUUUUUGUGGCUGAGAGGAAGCCCGGUUGGAAGAAUCUAUUGCUUCUGUUUGCAGUCUGCAGCUCUGUCAGUUUAAUAGCAAAUGUGCUCCUCUUCCUAGCUGGUUAUACUUUACUAACAGAGUAUCCAGUUUCUGCUGCAAUAAUAUUCAUGCCUCUCUGGGUUAUCCUUUCCAUUAGUUUGUUCUUCUUCAGAUACCUGCGUUGUUUCUCUGCCCUCUUCUUCCUUACCUGUGGGAUGCAUGAAGGAAGAAACACCCUUGUUGCUGCUGGGACAGGUGCAGUGGUUGCAGGUAAUAUCCAAAAUAUUUUCUACAACCUAAAGCAGCUGGCAGAUAGUGUCACUUGUAUUCUUGAAUCCCAGCACUUAUCCUUUCUCGAUGAGUACAUUAAAGCCAUUUGGUGGAUUUACAAUCAGAGCAAGGCUUUGAGCAACCCACUUAAAGAUAUUGUGGAAGUGAACGACAAACUGGAUGUGUCUUACUUCAUUUUGGAUGAAGGCUUGAACCUGAGGCUGAAUAAGACAAGACUGGGCAUCCAGAAUGUUGUCAACCAGAUCUCCUCUGUGCUAGCACUUCACCUAUCUUUGGCCAAGAAAGUACUUCCCCUCCUGGGCACUGCUUUCAUUCUUCUUGGGACAUACCGAUUCCUACAGAAAUUCCUGGGUCCUCACACGAUCAAGUUCAAGAAUACUUACAUUACAAAAGAGUUUAUUAGAUACAAUGAGCAGCAGUGGCAGCAACAAAAACUUUCAGUCCUUCCCCUCAGUAAAGAAGAGAGAAAGGUGUAUGCAAUGGUCCCGUCUUUUUGCCAAACAUACAAAGAAAAGAAAUGCACGAUACGCUUUUUUCUUCCUGUGCUUGCUAACCUUUGCAUUUGGAUUCUCUUUGGAGCAAUAGAUUAUUUGCUUUACUGGCUCAUUUUUUCAGUGAGCAAGCAUCUCCAAGAUUUCCCUGAGCUCGAGGUCCAUUUGAAAUUGUAUUACCAUAAAAAUGCUGAUAAAUUCAUCUUCAAUAACGGGGAAAUUGUUGACAACAAGACUUCCUUUGAGAUUCCUCUCUUUGAGCAUGUCUGUAUCCCAACACCACAGCUCUCCCUUAAUGCAACUUGGAUCCAGCUGGGGACCAUUAUUAUUUUUUUAACCGUGCUUGGUCUGUUCACAUCAACAUUUAUCCAGCUUAAGAUACUGGUGACAACAUCAUUCUUUCCUAAGACAGACAUGAAACGUAUUGAAUAUCUCCAUGCAAAAUUACUGAACAGAAGAUCAAAGCUCUCUGAGAGAAAAAUGAAGAGGAAACUAAAUUCUUUUGCAACGAUUUCUGGUUCCCAGUCCUCCAGGCAAUGAGAUGUGCCAGAAAGGAAGAAACAGAUGUGGCAGAAGACAGCAACAUUUAACAACAUAAAGAAUAUCUUUAAAGAAACCCAGGAUUCUGUGAGAAGAAAAAAAC